CAGUGUGCCUGCGACCAGACAGACAGUGGAUACCGUCAAGUUGAUAACGUCUACUAGAAGAGGACGACAGGAAAGUUUGACUUUUCGUCUUUUCGUCUGGGAAGACCUCGCAAAGAACUAAAUAGGGAUUUAGCAAAGAAACUAAUUGUGUGUAACGAGGAGGAAUCUCUACAGUCACUGGCAAAGGAUACAGGUCCUGAGAUGGAUAUAACUUUCACUUUGGACUUCAUAAGGGAGUACUGAGAAGAAUCUGGAUACCCUGAAACUCGGCUUGUCUAUUCUCAAACACAGCAGAGCAACAGAUGAAUGUUUAAAAAGAAGGAGCCAAAAUGAAGACAGCUGCCAAGGGUUUUGGGAAGUCUAUAAUGGACCCUUCGCACCAUGAGGGUUGGUGGAACAGAAGGAUAGUGCUAAUGAUGUAUGUGGCCUUGGAGCUUGUAACAGUCCAUUCACCAGUGGUCCUGGGGACCCUUGAGCUACAGCUAGAUGAGGAACAGCCAGCAGGCACAAUUGUAGGGGACAUAAGUGCAGGACUUCCUCCUGGCAUCACAGCAUCCCUGUACUUCAUCUCUGACCAUGAGGGCACAGGUGUGGGUAGUGAUUUGGACAUAGAUGAGAGCACAGGCAUUAUUAAAACCGCCAAAGUUCUGGACAGGGAACUGAGAGAUAGAUACAAUUUCAUAGCAGUCACCAUGACAGGUGUGACUGUGGAGGUGACCAUCAAGGUGAAUGACAUAAAUGAUCAUGCCCCGACGUUCCCUAGAAAACAUGCCACAUUUAAAAUCCCGGAGCAGACAGCUAUCGGCACCAAGUUCCCUCUUGAGCCAGCUUUUGAUGCUGAUAAAGGCCAGCUUGCAACACAGGGUUACCUUAUCAAGGAUGGAAAUGUUGGCCAGGCAUUCACCUUGGAGACCAGGAGGGGAAGCAAUGAGGUUCUUUAUCUGGACUUGGUAGUCAAUGCCAUCCUAGACAGAGAAAAACGAUCCACCUACACAUUAUCUCUGGAAGCCUUUGAUGGUGGUUCCCCCAAAAGGACUGAUCAGAUGACAUUAGAUAUUACUGUACAGGACAUUAAUGACAACGCUCCCAUUUUCAACCAGAGUCGCUACCAUGCUAUAAUAUCAGAGAACCUCCAGCCAGGAAGCAGUAUCCUGCAGGUGUUUGCCACAGAUGCUGAUGAAGGAGACAACGGGAUGGUGGUGUAUGAAAUCAACAGGAGACAAAGCGACCCAGAUCGCUACUUUGUCAUUGACUCUCGCAGCGGCAUCAUCACUCUCAACAAGCCACUGGACUUUGAGAUGAGGAGAGUCCAUGAGCUGGUGGUCCAGGCACAAGACAACGCAACCCAUCCGGAGGUGACCAAUGCCUUUGUCACCAUCCACGUCAGAGACUACAACGAAAACCAGCCCACCAUGACCAUUAUUUUUCUCAGCGAGGACGGAUCUCCCAGAAUCUCAGAGGGUGCGCAGCCAGGCCAGUAUGUAGCCAGGAUCUCAGUCACUGACCCAGACUAUGGAGAGUAUGCCAAUGUCAAUGUGUCGCUCGAGGGAGGAGAUGGAAAGUUUGCCCUGACCACUAAGGAUAGCAUCAUCUAUCUGAUCUGUGUAGACCAGAUUCUGGACCGGGAGGAGAGAGACACCUAUGAGCUGAGGGUGAUGGCAACAGACUCGGGCACUCCUCCUCUCAGGGCCGAGUCCUCCUUUAUCAUCCAAGUGAUUGACAUCAAUGACAACCCUCCUCUGUUUGACCAGCCAGUGUACAGGCAGGUGAUCCCUGAAGUGGUGUUUCCAGGGAGCUUUGUGUUACAGGUGACAGCUAGAGACAAAGACCAGGGGCCCAAUGGGGACAUUAACUACAGCAUCCUGCAAGACCAAGGUGCUUACUCCAACUGGUUCAGUAUAGACUCAGUUACAGGGAUUAUCACCACUCUGUCCCAGCUGGAUUAUGAAAAGAACCCCAAUCCAAGUAUAACUGUGGUGGCCACAGAUGGAGGGAAACCACCCCUGUCAUCCACUGCUGUGGUAAACAUUGUUCUUCAGGAUGUAAAUGACAAUGAGCCUGUCUUUGAGAGAAACUUCUACAAUGUGUCCAUCAAGGAGAACACAGCUCCAGGGACCUGCAUUCUUGAGGUGACUGCGAUGGAUGCAGACGGCGGUUCUUUUGGCUCUGUUACCUACUCCCUUGGCUCUGGCAUUACCAGCACUGUUCCCUCUCAGUUCACCAUUGGCAAGGAGACUGGCCAGAUCUGCACUAGUGCUGCACUAGACAGAGAUCAAGGGGUGGCGAGCUUUGACUUUACUGUUACUGCAGUGGAUGGGGGUGGACUGAGCUCAGUCGCCUAUGUGAAGGUAGAUCUGGUCGACAUUAAUGAUAACAGACCCGCCUUCUACCCAGUCAACUAUGCUGUCAGUUUGAGCACGCAGAGCGCCCCUGGGACAUCUGUUGUCAGAGUGACAGCCUAUGACCCAGACUCAGGCGAGAAUGGAAGAAUUACAUACAAAACAGUACCUGGAGGGGCCUCCCCUUACUUUACGCUCAACAAAGACACAGGUGUGAUCUCCCUCUCUCGGUCUGUCUAUGGGAAGGCAAACUCUGUCAUUCCCAUUCAAAUCUCUGCUCAGGAUGGUGGUGGUCUGGUUGCUCUCGUCAAUGCCAGAGUCAACAUUAGUGUGGUGGCGGGGCUGGUGGCACCGCCCGUGUUUGAACAGACACAGUACUAUUUUACGGUAUCAGAGGAUGCCAUGCGGGGGACAGUCGUAGGCAUUGUCCAGGCAAGCAGUAAGACAGGCACCUCUAGAGAUAUCUCCUACACCAUCAGCUCUGGGGACCCUGCAGGAUACUUUACAGUGGAUCCUGACACUGGGGCCUUAAGGACCAGUCUGCCCCUGGAUCAUGAAGCGCAGUCAGCUAUUGAUUUGGAGGUGCAGGCCCGCAGUGGCAACCCCCCUGCCUUUGGCCAGACCCGUGUCCACAUUACCAUUGCAGACAUCAAUGAUAACCCACCUGUUUUUCUGCCCUCGUCUUCUGAGUCCUUGCUGCUGCCAGAGCAUACAGAAAUGGGCACAGUGGUUUAUCGGGUCCAAGCUGAGGACAGAGACUCUGGAGUCAAUGGACAACUUACCUUUGAUCUUUUCUCACCAAGUGUAAUUCAGAGGACUUUCAGCAUAGAACGCAGCAGUGGUGAGAUUCGAUUGGUAGGGAGCCUCAACUAUGAGAAUGCCCCUCGUUAUGACCUUCAGGUGAUUGCCAAGGAUAGUGGAGUACCCCAGCUUAGCGCCACUUUUGUGCUUGUGGUUCAUGUCCAAGCAGAGAAUGACCAGGGACCUGUGUUUGAUACUCUCACCUACCGUGUGGAGUUAAAAGAAGGGACUCCAAUAAACACACGCUUCCUGCAGGUCAGGGCUUUGAACAGAGAAACCCCUGGCUCAGGUCAUUUCAGCCCCCUGGCGUAUCACUUGCGUCCAGAUGGAGAUGCUGCAGGGUUUGGCAUUGCAGCAGACAGUGGCUGGCUGUUUGUGAAAAGUGCCAUGGAUAGAGAAGUUAAGGACAUGUAUCUUUUAACAGUGCUGGCCAGCCAAGGUCAUGGACAGUUGAAGAAAACGGGCAGUGCCACAGUGCGGAUAUCUGUGACUGAUGAGAAUGACAACUCUCCCCGGCUCACACAAGAGAGGGUCUUUAUGGCUGUGAGAGAAAACCUGCCUGCAGGAACAGGCUUUGGUCACGUGUCAGCCUCAGACCGAGACAGUGGCCCCAACGGACGCCUCAGCUACCGCUUUCUGCACACUGAUCGCCACUUCCAGAUAAACUCCCACACAGGUGAGAUCAGUACAAGGACCACUCUGGACAGAGAGCAGCAGUCUAGUUACCAGCUGGUGGUGGUGGUCCAAGAUGGAGGUUCACCCCCUCGUAGUGCCUCAGGCACAGCCUUCAUCACUGUCCUGGAUGACAAUGACAAUCACCCCUCUUUCACCCAUAGCCAGUCGGGCAAAAGUCUCAUCAUACAGGUGACAGAAGGUCAGUCAUCUGGGGUUUUCUUGGCCACACUGCAAGCCAAAGACCCAGAUGAAGGGGAAAACGGAACCAUAUUCUACUCUUUGUCAGGUCCCAGGGCUGAGCGUUUCUCUUUGAACCCAAACACUGGGGAGCUGCGCUCAUCAUCCCCUCUCAGCCACUCAGAGCGGGCUGAGUACACUCUGACGGUGACAGCUACUGACAGAGGACUGCCCCCUCGCAGCACCUCCUGCUCCCUCACCAUUCAGGUUCUCAGCACCAACAGACCUACUUCUAAGACCAAUUCAUUCUCCAUAUCCUUCAACUCUGUGGAGGAGGCCAAGCCUGGCUCUGUCGUUGGCUCAGUCCGCCUUCGUGACAGAGAAAGUCAAGAGGAAGGGGAGGUAACCUACACAGUGGUCGGGGGCACAGCCCGGGAUGGGACCUUUGUGGUGGACCGUUUGACCGGAGACGUGUACCUGGCUCGUCCUCUUGACUAUGAACGAGACGCACGCUACACUCUGCAGAUUGAAGUAGAUGACCUCUCUCAGGCCCCUCCUAGCAGCACCCUGGUCCAUCUGGACAUUGACAUAGAGGACAGCAAUGACCACGCCCCUCAGUUCCCUGAGGACCCCAUCACCAUUGUCAUCUCUGAGAGCAUGGAGGCUGGCUCCUCUGUCUAUACUUUCCAGGCAACAGAUAAGGAUGGCAGUGGGCCCAACAGCGAGCUGAAGUACUCCAUUCUCCAUCAGUGGCCAAACACUCCUGGCCUACUAACCCUCAACCCUUCCACUGGGGUUCUCUCCUUGGCUCAGGAGUUGGACCAUGAAGUCACCUCCAACCUGAUACUGGUUGUCAAGGCAACAGACUCUGCCCUUGAUGCCACCCAGAGGCGCUGGGGUUCAGUCACAGCAAGGGUGUAUGUAACCGAUGAGAACGACAAUCCACCAGUGUUCAGCUCGCCAACAGCUGUCAGUGUGAUGGAGGACCAGCCGGUGGGCUUUGUGGUGCUGUAUGUCAUGGCCAGAGAUGCAGACCAAGGGGAGAAUGGCAGAGUGACCUACAACAUUCAGUCAGGCAACACUGGAGGAACAUUCAGCCUCAACCCCAACACUGGCUCUCUGUCUAUUUUCAAACCUCUGGACCGUGAGGAGCAGGACGUCUUUAACCUCACAAUAACUGCUGAGGAUCAUGGGAUACCCCAGCACUCGUCCAGCCAGCUGCUGUGUGUUCACGUGAUUGAUGUUAAUGAUGAGGUGCCCCGGUUUGAGGAGAGCCUGUACAAAGCCCAGAUCUCUGAGAACCAGCCUCCAGGAACUACUGUGUUGACAGUGUCUGCCUCUGAUCUGGACCAAGGAACCAAUGGGCAAGUGACAUAUGGUGGUAUCUCAGAGAAGGGUUUCAGCAUCAACCCAGUGACAGGUGUAAUAACAACCACUAAAUCGCUGGACAGGGAGCUCCAGGAGUACUACACAGUGACAGUUUAUGCAAAAGAUGAAGGCCUUCCCCCCAACUAUGCCAAAGCCACAGUGAGGAUCAGACUGCUUGAUGAGAAUGACAAUGCUCCUUUCUUUGGCCGUCUGUACUACAGCAUAGAGGUGCCUGAAAACCUGGAGGCAUUACCUCUGUUUACCCUGAGAGCCACUGACCAGGAUGCAGGAGAUAGUGGGGAAUUAAACUACAAAAUUACAGCUGGAGAUCCAUCAGGAGACUUCCGCCUGGACAAAAAGUCAGGUGUGUUGUCCACCUCAAGGCCUCUGGAUCGGGAGAAGAGGGCUGGGUACACAAUAACGGUCACAGCUCAGGACCAGGGCCAUCCUCCCCUCAGCGGCACCGCUACGGUGGAGGUGACCAUUCUGGACAUCAACGAUCACAGCCCCCAGUUUCAGAGUAGUACCUACACUGCGGAUGUUUCGGAAGAUGUUCCCAUUGGCUCACUGGUCCUGGAGGUGAAAGCCAUUGAUCUGGACCAGGGUCCUAACAGCCAGGUGCUGUACUUUCUGAGCCAUGGCACCCAGAGCAUGUUUAUCAUAGACCAGAACACAGGCCGCAUCAUCACAGCAGCACCCCUAGACAGAGAGAGAACUGCCUCUUACACCUUUGAGGUCUGUGCCACUGACUCCUCCCCUGCAAACCCACGUAACUCCACUGCUCAGGUGACUGUCUACAUUCAGGAUGUGAACGACAAUGCACCCUUCUUCAUUCAGGACCCACUUAUUGUGAACAUCUCUGCCAGCAGCGUGUCCAGCCGCCGAGUGCUGGCUACCAUGAGGGCAGAGGACAAAGACUUUGGGGCUAAUGGCUCUGUGUUUUAUCGUUUCGCCAACCCCGUGAGGGGCUUCACCAUCAACUCGCUGACAGGAGAUAUCCAGGCCACAGAGAAGCUGCAGACUCUGACCCAAAGCCAGAGGACUUUGAUAGUUCAGGCCAUGGACCAGGGCAACCCAGCUCAGUCUUCCCUUGGGGUGGUUAUCAUUUAUAUUAGGGAACAGAGCUACAGGGGGAUUCGCUUCUCUCGCGCAGCUCGAGAUGUCAGUCUUCAGGAGAAUGCUGCUAAAGGCACUGUAGUAACACAGACUCAGGCCCAGUACCCCGAUGGCUCUCAAACUGGUAUCAGCUACAGUAUUUUCAGUGGAAACAGAAUGCAAUCCUUUGGAAUAAACCCCAUUACGGGUGAAAUAUGGGUCCAGAAAUCUGAAGAACUAGACUUUGAGGAGACUCCGAAACUCCGCCUUGUGGUGAAAGCUGAGACGGCAUCCUCCAGCUCCUACAUGGCUGUCAACUUAAUCCUGCAGGACGUCAAUGACAACUUGCCACGCUUCCAACUCCAGAACUAUGUAGCCUACAUUAGGGAGGCACAAGGCUACGAUUUUCCCAUUAUUCAGGUGGCUGCAGAUGAUCUGGACCAGGGUCAAAAUGGUCAAGUGACCUACUCUAUCAGGUCAUCAUCCAUGAGUGGUUUGUUUAAGAUAGACCCGCUGACUGGCAGCAUCACCACUGCAGCCAUAAUGGACAGAGAGAUCUGGACACAGACAAAGCUUGUUGUUACAGCAACAGACCGAGGAACCCCACGACUAGCUGGCUCUGCCACCCUCACUGUGAUCAUCAUCGACCUCAAUGACAACAGUCCCAUGAUUCCUGUGCAUCAGGAGAUCCGAGUGCCUGAGGAUACUUUGAUCGGCACAGUCAUCACCCAAGUAACAGGAAAUGACGUAGACUCAGGGCCAGCCCUCUCCUACACACUACACCUGGAUACAAACAGCCAAGGCAUGUUCGGGAUUCAUCGUUAUGGAGGAGGGGUGUCUCUGACUGGCCCUCUGGACUAUGAGGAAAGGACGUGGUACACUCUGACCGUCCGCUCAUCCGACUCCAAGCAUCAAAGCGAGGCCAACAUUACUGUGCUGGUGGAUGAUGUGAACGAUAAUGCCCCCACCUUUACACAAGACUUGUAUCAGGUGACUGUAUCAGAGCACCUCCCAGCAGGCAGUGCAGUCAUCACAGUAACAGCCACUGACCGUGACUCUGGGGACAACGGGAAGAUUACCUACAGAGUAAUGUCAUCAACUAGAGGCGUCUUCUACAUUGACCCAAGCAAUGGUACUCUGUUUGUCAACCAAAAAACAGAGUUUGACUUUAAGAACCCCUCCAUCCUGGUGAUAAUUGAGGUGCGGGAUCAGGGCACUCCAUCCCUUUCAUCAGUUGCCACUGUGCAGGUACAAGUGUCUGAUGUCAAUGACAACGCCCCCAUCUUCCACCAGUCAGAGUACAGAGCCACUGUCAGUGAAGAUGGGCUUCCUGGAUCAACUGUUCUGACCUUAGAAGCUGUGGAUGGAGACCUGUCUCGGGACAACUGUGGUUUUGAUUUUGCCAUUGCCAGUGGCAACUCAGGUAAUGCCUUCCAGAUUGAGAGCAGCGUGCGAUUCUUGGAGGGACAGGGUUUCCAGACAGUUGGCAGCCUGAUCCUGGUGGAGGAGCUGGACUUUGAAUCAGUGCCAAGUUAUAACCUGACUGUUGUGGUAUCGGAUCGUGGAAUCCCUCAGCGUAGCUCUAGUGUGCCCAUCCUCAUCAGUGUUACAGAUGCCAAUGACAACCCUCCAGCUUUCAGCAGAGCAGAGUACAGUGUAGUACUGAGUGAGGGUGCAGCAGCAGGGACAGAAAUCUUGCAUCUAUCUGCCACAGAUCCAGACUCUGCUCCCAAUGGAGAAGUGCAAUACUCCAUAAGCUCAGGGGACGAGACAGACCUUUUCCAAGUGGACCGGUGGACUGGAGCCUUGAGGCUGCAGAGACCUCUACACAGUGAGAGACAGUGGUCCCAUAUGAUUGUUGUCCAGGCUACUGAUGGUCUAGGGCACUACGCUUUGGCCCCAGUUAGUAUUGAGGUGAAGGACAUCAACGAUAACCGGCCCUUCUUUCCCCUCAAACUCAUAACUGCGAGCAUCAGGGAAAACCAACCCCAGAAUGCCUUAGUCACCAUGCUGCAUGCAAUUGACCAUGACAGAGGGGUUUUUGGACAAUUGAGGUACUUCAUGUUAGAUAACUCUAAAGAGGUAAGAGAGGCCUUCUUCAUGAACCAAACUUCAGGAGAAGUACGGACUCGCUCUACUUUUGACUUUGAGAGGGUUAACUCCUUCCAUUUUGUGGCUGUUGCCAUGGAUGCUGGCAACUAUUCUGCUACUGUAACAGUGCAGGUUUAUGUUACAGGGGAGGAUGAAUAUGAUCCUGUUUUCACCUCCUCAGAGUUCUCAUUCGAAGUGCCUGAGGGAGCAAAGAAAGGUCAGAUCAUUGGCAAAGUCCAAGCCAGAGAUGAGGACGGAGGCGUGGAUGGCAUUGUCCUCUACUCCCUAGCAGACAGUUCGCCUUAUUUUGAAGUCAAUAAAUCAACAGGAGCGAUUUUCUUAAAGAUGGACAGCUACAGUAGACAUGUGAGUCGCUCUAAAAGAGAGUUGCGUCUAAUGACACUGGACGUGACUGCUCACAGCCCUCUGGAGAUGUCCCGUGUAGCAGUGGCCAAAGUUACUGUAGAUGUGACCCGUACAUCUUUUGGUCUCACUAAUGACAUGAAUAUGCUUCUUAUCAGCGUCAUUGCAGUUUCACUUGGGACUAUAGUCAUACUGAUAAUAAUUGCUGUGGCACUCUUUCUUGUUAAAUUAAGACGGCAGAAGAGGGACCGAAAUGCACAUGGACGGACACCGGCAUCAGGUACCAUGCUGCACAAGUUUGACGAAACAAAGAUAGCAGCAAGUGAAAUGAUUUACCAUCAGGCUCUUCCUGGAUACACAGCUGAUCAGAGUGGCAGCAGUGGGGGUCCAUACACUCGUGGAGGAUCCUUGGAUCCUUCCCACUCCAGUGGACGUGGCUCUGCGGAGGCAGAAGCAGCAGAGGAUGAUGAGAUCAGAAUGAUAAAUGAAUACCCCAGAGUGUCAAGUAUCUCAUCCUCCAUGCAGGAGCGCAUCUCUGCCCGAGGUCCAGAUUCUGGAAUCCAGCAGGAUGCAGAUCAGCUAUCAGAUGUGUCCUGUGAGCCUUCAAUAGAUUGGUUCAAAGGGAAGAAACUGGGCAGUCUGAAUAGUACUUUAUUAGCUGGCCAGGUGCCAGUCUACAGGGAUGAAGGGGGUGGGUAUGUGGGUGUGGGACGGGGACUUAGUAUCUCCCACCCUAAAGAUUAUACUUUCCCAGAGGAUGGAAAGCCUGCAGUCGAUGGCUCCUUGACAGCCAUCGUGGCCAGUGAUGAGGAGCUGAGGGGCAGCUAUAACUGGGACUACCUGCUAAACUGGUGUCCCCAGUUCCAACCUUUAGCUAAUGUUUUUACUGAAAUAGCACGUUUAAAAGAUGAAACAGCUCCUCCUCAUCCUCGCAGGUCGUUUCAUCACAAAGCAAAGGCAGAGUCAAGAAUCGACCCCCCACCUCUCAUAACCUCUGUGGCCCACCCUGGGGCCAAAACUGUACCUCCAAAGCCUGCCGUGGGGAGGACUUUCCCCCACUUGGCUUCUUUGCGAAGAUCCCCUCUCAGCAAAGAGGGAUCCAUCUCCUCCGUCGCCAUGUCUCCAAGUUUCUCCCCAUCUCUCUCACCACUGGCAGCACGUUCUCCUGCAAUCACACCCUUCAGUGUCUCACAGGGUCCCUCCGCAUCGAUGAUCAGCACAACUGAACACAAUUUAGAGCACAGUGAGGAGGCAGAGCUGAGGAUUUAAAUUCUAAAGACACAUUUUUUAAGGGUGAAUAAAGACUGAGUCAUUGCUGUCCCAGACUUGUUCUACUGUAUGACCACAGGGGCUGCAACCUGAAAUGAGUAAAUGCUAUUCUCUUUCUCAAGAGUACACAUGGUCACACUAAGAAGUCCAAAUAACUGAAGUUGUGGUGCUUACUGAAGAAAAAUUAAACUACAUGACUAACAGGCCAAAAUGGACUAAACCUUUUUUUUGUUUAUGCUUGUGUGAAAGAAACUCCUCAUUCUUCUGUUGAUCAGUGUUAAUUUGCACAUUUGAAUGGAGAUUCAUACAUGAUGUCAAUAUUUUGUACAAAAGCAUUGUCUAUAUUUUUAUAUUUACAUGUGGUUUCUGACAAGAAAUGGCAUUAAUGUGUCAAAAGGUUGCUAAAACCUCAGAAUAUAUUUCUAUAUUUGUAUAUUUGUAGUUUGUACUGUAUACUUGUUUGUACUGUAAGUUGGUUUUAUCUCUCGUGAUUCUUAACCUUGUGGUUUUAAAUGAAGCUCUUCAUCAAUGCUUUAUGAAUUGGGUUAUUUGUAACUGGCUAUUGUAAAUAUUUAUAGAGAAAGAGAUGUCCUUGCUUGAACAAAUGAAACAUCAGUCAGAAUAGACUAUUGUGUGAUCGGAUUUUCUACGGUUCCAGUGUUUGAUCUCACAUCAAAAGGUUAUCAUGAAUGUGAAAUGCUGAAAAGUUGUCUUAGUCCUCAACAUACGUCCCUUCAUUUUCUGUAAAAGAAAAUGAAACCUGACAUCCAAUGAUCCUGUCCUUCAGGUGCCCUGGCUUUAAUUUCUCACAAUGAGCCUUACUGCUUUCAUUUUGCAUUGUGAAAAUACUAUGUGAGGGAGAACGUUGAGCAGCUACGUGGUAAGUGUAAAACUGUUUGCUCCAUCAGCAGCCUAAUCAUGUCAGAGAAUGCAAGCAGGUUCUGGUCAUUUUUCUACUCUUCUAUUGUUCCUCAGUAAAAUAUCAGAGAAAUAUUACUUAAAGGAUAACUUUAGCCUGCAGUCGCGAAAUGAGCUAAAACGGUAGAUAUGGGGGCAAAUGCGU